CACGAAUCUUGGUUGGGUUGAACUAUGACGCGGCACAGGUAUCUUUUGAGAACCUUUGGCAGUCAACAUUGCAACCCUAAAGCUACCUUUGCCAUGUUGCCCGCUGCGCAAUGAAAUUCAGGUGACGUUCGGGGAAUUGAGUGAACAGGGAGCUUGGCGGCAUUCCAUCUCUUUGAGGCAGAGGGGAGAAUAGCCUUGCGCCACGUGGGGACAAUGUAGCAUUGAGUUAGAGAGAAAACGUGACCAAAACUACUCCAGUCGGGAGUAUGCAGGCCGCAGGAGCCUGCAGCCAGAGCGACCCAGGUAUAAAUCGCACCAUCUGGGAAGGUUCGUGGAGCCCCUAUAGACUCCUGGGCCAGAGCGGGCGCACUCCGAUGUUCCAUUGCGGCUACCAGGCCGUGUAAAUGAUCUCUAGCAGGUUCUCUGGGGAUAUUGAAGUCGACGCGUCCCAUGGCCAAAUGGAGUCUUCUGGCCUGCUUCCACGCAAGCUCAACUCCGCUCGCACUUUUGACAAAUGAAGCGUCAUAUACGCGCCCGGGCUUCAUCGACAGGCGGUGGGUAGUUUUACUCGGUCAACGGAGUGGGGUGCUGCUAAAGAGCGAUGCUGCGCUGACCCCUGUCGUUACGCAGCCCCUGUCCGCUGCCGGCGAUAGAUUGAUGCUAGCCGGGCAUCACCCAUCCACCCAUGGCCCGGUCGAAGGGCUUCCACCUGCUAGGCGCUCUCAAUGGCCGCCUCUCAUUGCCCAAUCGAGGUUGCCAAGAGCAGCUGUCUGCUGCCCGGAAGACCUUAUAGUAUCAAAUUUUUCCUAG